UGGCGGGUCAGGUGACCGCGCGGCGGGCGGCGGACGCGGAGGCUGAGGGGCGUUCGAGGCGCGGAGGGGCUGGCUGGGCCCGAGGGGUUGGUGGGGCAGCAGGGCCGCGGCCAUGGGGAGCUUGAAGGACGAGCUGCUCAAAGCUAUCUGGCACGCCUUCACCGCACUCGACCAGGACCAUAGCGGCAAGGUCUCCAAGUCCCAGCUCAAGGUCCUUUCCCAUAACUUGUGCACGGUGCUGAAGGUUCCUCAUGACCCGGUUGCCCUUGAAGAGCACUUCAGGGAUGAUGAUGAGGGGCCAGUGUCCAACCAGGGCUACAUGCCUUAUUUAAACAGGUUCAUUUUGGAAAAGGUCCAAGACAACUUUGACAAGAUUGAAUUCAAUAGGAUGUGUUGGACCCUCUGUGUCAAAAAAAACCUCACAAAGAAUCCCCUGCUCAUUACAGAAGAAGAUGCAUUUAAAGUAUGGGUUAUUUUCAACUUUUUAUCUGAGGACAAGUAUCCACUAAUUAUUGUGUCAGAAGAGAUUGAAUACCUGCUUAAGAAGCUUACAGAAGCUAUGGGAGGAGGCUGGCAGCAAGAACAAUUUGAACAUUAUAAAAUCAACUUUGAUGACAGUAAAAAUGGCCUUUCUGCGUGGGAACUUAUUGAGCUUAUUGGAAAUGGACAGUUUAGCAAAGGCAUGGAUCGGCAGACUGUGUCUAUGGCAAUUAAUGAAGUCUUUAAUGAACUUAUAUUAGAUGUGUUAAAACAGGGUUACAUGAUGAAAAAGGGCCACAGACGGAAAAACUGGACUGAACGAUGGUUUGUACUAAAGCCCAACAUAAUUUCUUACUAUGUGAGUGAGGAUCUGAAAGAUAAGAAAGGAGACAUUCUCUUAGAUGAAAAUUGCUGUGUAGAGUCCUUGCCUGACAAAGAUGGAAAGAAAUGCCUUUUUCUCGUAAAAUGUUUUGAUAAGACUUUUGAAAUCAGUGCUUCAGAUAAGAAGAAGAAACAGGAGUGGAUUCAAGCCAUUCAUUCUACUAUUCAUCUGUUGAAGCUGGGCAGCCCUCCACCACACAAAGAAGCCCGCCAGCGUCGGAAAGAACUCCGGAAGAAGCAGCUGGCUGAACAAGAGGAACUGGAGCGACAAAUGAAGGAGCUCCAGGUUGCCAACGAAAGCAAACAGCAGGAGCUGGAGGCUGUGCGGAAGAAACUGGAGGAAGCAGCAUCUCGUGCAGCAGAAGAGGAAAAGAAACGCCUUCAGACUCAAGUGGAACUUCAGGCCAGGUUCAGCACAGAGCUGGAAAGAGAGAAGCUUAUCAGACAGCAGAUGGAAGAACAGGUUGCCCAAAAGUCCUCUGAACUGGAACAGUAUUUACAGCGAGUACGGGAGCUGGAAGACAUGUACCUAAAGCUGCAGGAGGCUCUCGAAGAUGAGAGACAGGCCCGGCAAGAUGAAGAGACGGUGCGGAAGCUUCAGGCCAGGUUAUUGGAGGAAGAGUCUUCCAAGAGGGCUGAACUAGAAAAGUGGCACUUGGAGCAGCAGCAGGCCAUUCAGACAACUGAGGCGGAGAAGCAGGAGUUGGAGAAUCAGCGUGUCCUGAAGGAACAGGCCCUGCAGGAGGCCAUGGAGCAGCUGGAGCAGCUUGAGUUAGAACGGAAACAAGCACUUGAGCAGUACGAGGAAGUUAAAAAGAAGCUGGAGAUGGCAACUGAUAAGACCAAGAGCUGGAAGGACAAAGUAGCCCAUCAUGAAGGAUUAAUUCGACUGAUAGAACCAGUAGAGACGGGGUUUUAUCGUGUUAAUCAGGACGGUCUCGAUCUCCUGACUUCGUGAUCUGCCUGCCUCAGCCUCCCAAAGUACUGGAAUUACAGGUUCAAAGAACCCUCACCUGAUCACUAACUGGGGACCUGCAGCUUUCACUGAGGCAGAACUUGAAGAGAGAGAGAAGAACUGGAAAGAGAAAAAGACCACGGAGUGACUGAGCUUGCUGGCAGUCACAUCAGUUAUGUAGAUACUGCAUGGCAGGAGAGCUUUACGCUAAAGACAAAAGAAAUGGCUUUGGGGGCUGGGCGCGGUGGCUCACGCCUGUAAUCCCAGCACUUUGGGAGGCCGAGGUGGGUGGAUCACCUGAGGUCAGGAGUUCAAGACCAGCCUGGCCAACCUGGUGAAACCCCGUCUCUACUAAAAAUACAAAAAAAAUUAGCUGGGCGUGGUGGUGGGCGCCUGUAAUCCCAGCUACUUGGGAGGCUGAGGCAGGAGAAUCACUUGAACCUGGGAGGCGCAGGUUGCAGUGAGCUGAUAUCAUGCCAUUGUACUGCAGCCUGGGUGACAGUGUGAGACUCCAUCUCAAAAAAAAAAAAAAAAAAAAAAAAAAACCGGCCUUGCUGCUUUUAACUGUUCUUCCUUCCAUGCCUCUCCAAGUGGGUCAAUAUCCUAAGGAAGCCUUCUUAUUUAUCUUCCUGCAAACAAGGGCUACCUGAAAAGAGAAAAAAAAAAAAAGUCAGCAUUGUCAAGCUGUUUAUUUACUCUUUCUUUGAAAACAUCACCUUCUGAAAUUUGUCUUUUAGCUCUCUCAGAUUCUUCCCCAAAUGAGGCAGGGUGCAGACAGCACAGUCAGCUCUGCAGAGUUUGGAGCGGCUCACUGCCAUUGGGUACUCAGAACCCUGUGGACUGGAUGUUAGCUCUUUCCUUUGGCAGCGUGUUUCCUUUGUUUCCUUCUCUGAGUAUGUGCUGUUAAACUAGAUUGGCCAGUUUGCUUUCCAUUCCCUGACACUUGGCAUGGAAUGCCUUUGACUAUUGGUGCUCUGACAGAGAAGUCACGGAGUCACUGCCAUUUCCUGGUUGCCCUUUUGGAAUGUAAUCCUGUUAGUAGAGGUUUUCUAGCUUCUGCUAAGAUAUUUCUUUCCCUAACCAUCAUACACUUGGCAUGUUUCAUUCCCAUCUCCUUUCCCUUCACCUUAAAGGAGACUACCCCUUUGCCCCAUAUUGUCAACCUAAUUUUCUUUCGUCCUCUCUCAUUGAAUGAUGUGCUACCAGGUAUAUGCCAGGCUGUGAGAGGAUUAUGCUGAGUAGUAGAAAGAAGCUAAUUUGAAAUAAAAAUUAUUUGGAUCAUAAAGAAAGCAGAUGAGAUGCACAUGGCCAACAGGAAGUUGACUGUAUGUCUGCUAGUUAGAUUCAAAACAUCAUAAAGAUGAUAGCAUGUCAAUAUAUUAGCCUAGCCAUAAUGUUAGCCUUUGUUAGGUGGGCAGCUUUUCUGCCUUUUCCCUUCCUCUAUAGUGACAAUGGAGAAAAUAUCUAAUAGAAAUAAGUGUAACAGGGAAAUUGGGAUCAUAGUUUAUAGGCAUCUGAUUUGAAAGGAGUAUUAAGGAAGGUUUUCUAUCUUUAGAUUAAAAAGAACAUUUAUGAAAUCAAGCCUUCUAACACUAGUUAUAAUUGAGAAGCAACAGUAACUCCAUGGACAGCAAUCAAGCUUAAAAUUGUAAAUAAAUAUGAGGAUAAUUCAGUUCUUGCAAAAAAGGGCAGAAUUCAGUAGAAUAAAGUCCUUUUCUCUCUAUAAGUAUUAAAUGAGGACAGAGAACCUCAGGUGUUCAACCUCAGUGCUUGCUGAGUGCAUACUAAGAAAGCAAUUCCAAACAGAUGUAUACAUCGAGAGAGAGUGGUAUUAGAGGUUUCAGUAUAUGUAUUUAUUUACAUGAGAGGAAACUGGAAUAUAAUCCCAUAAAUUAUCACAUUUUACGACUGGAAAAUAUUUGCCAAUGAAGAAAUGCUCUGUAGGUAUUUGUGUUAAGAUUUUGGGCUGUUUAAUAAAAAUGUAACUUUAUUUAAUGAUUUCUUAUAGUUGCCUUUAUAAAGUUUAUUGUCUAAAAUAUUUUUGUAUCAUGUGCCUUUGAAAUUUGCCAGCUGAUUUGGGUGUUGGAUUUCUGCCCAGACAUUUAUCAGUAUUACCAUUUUAUUCAGUAGCUGGCAGGUAUAUAGACCAACGAGACUUAGGUAAGGAAUGGAACCUUUCCUGUGGUUUGAUUGCACAUUACACCAGAAGACUCCAGUAUCCGUCAUUCCAGAAUGAGGAAACAGUAUUUUGCAAAGAACCUAGUCACCUAUGUGAAAUCUAUGGGAUGGAAACAGUGUGGCCUUGGGAGUCAAAUAGUCUCUGCAUGGUGGGGAGGGUCAUGAUGGAAUAUGUGAAUUUCUACUUCUAGAAGUUGUGAAAUAGGCCCUGCACUUUUGCAGAAUGUCCUUCCUUAAACCUUGCUUAUUCUACAACUGUAGCUGAUAACAUGACCUGGGGCUUAGCUGCUCUAGCCCUGGGUUCUUGAAGACCUCACUGCCUGGCCCCUGGUCAUCCGCCUAAUGACUGCAUGCUUUCUGGUCACAUGUGGACCUUGACAUGACCAAGCUGUUAUAUAUGUGGUUGCGCAAAAGCUUUCUGUUUAAUGCGUAGUGUUAUUACAUCUUGGUUUUCAGUGGCACUAUGUCUAGAAGGCAAAAUCCUUUUAAACAGUGCUUUGGCUAAGAUAGAUACUUGUGAAUCAAAGAUGGCAAAGAAAUGAACUAAGUAUAUUCCAUUUGGAAUUAUAUUUUGAUACUAAGUGAAUUCUUCCUAAUAUUUAAAAUGGUUUCACCUGUCAAAGGGCCAACAGAACUCUUGGUUUUACUUUUGUAAUUACUGUACAGAAAAUUUCAGGAGUGUUUGAGUGCUUGUCAUCAGGUGUUUUCCUUAAUAAGUAGGGAUAUGAUCAGUUACAGGAAUUAUACAUGAAAAAAGUUUUUGAAAUGUAUUUUUGUGAUGUGCUAUGUUGAGAGGAAACCAAAUAUUUAUGAUUUUAAAACAUUCGUAUGAAACCAUUGUACAAUGUAAUAUGCUCAACUUUCUCAAUUUUUUGCUGAUUUUUCUAAGAUACAUUAAAAAUGUUUUGUAUUUUUUUUUUAAGUAAAAUGGACCCAGUAAGAAAAUUAAAAAUACCAGAAUAUACA